CCUUUCUGGUAAGCCUCCAGCUGAUCAUCCGUCACUGUUUGAUCUAGUUGACCCAGAGUUAGACUCUGAGAUCAGACCUCAGGUCGCAGUACUAGUCACUGAAACCACACAGCUCAGCUUAGGAACUGAGCGCUUCGAGCGUUUCUCAAAGUGGACUUCUGUGUUAAGAGCACUUGCGGUCUUGAUUCACAUAGCACAGUGUUUCAGGCAAACGGACAAAGACAACAUAUGCAGAGGGUGGCAUACCUGUAAGAAAGCAAUCACGCCAGAGAACCUGGAAAAAGCAAAGAAACUACUGAUCAAGAACAUGCAACAGGAAAGAUAUCCUAGUGAAUUUAGCAACAUUCAGAGUAAGUCAGACAUUCCAAAACGGAACAACAUUGCAAAGCUGCGCCCAGUGGUUGACAGCUGCGGACUUCUCAGAGUGGGAGGACGCAUCACACAGUCUGGCCUUGAGAUAAACCGCACCAAUCCUCUCAUCGUCCCAGCUCAGCAUCACCUAACGACUCUCCUUGUGCGCCACCAUCAUGAGCAGGUAAAACACCAGGGCAGACACUUCACAGAGGGGGCCAUCAGGGACGCUGGACUGUGGCUGGUGGGCGGAAAGAGGUGUAUCAGAGGCACCCUGUCCCGGUGUGUCACCUGCAGGAGACUGCGUGGCAAACAAGAGCAUCAGCUGAUGGCAGAUCUGCCUGCAGACCGGCUACAAGCUGCCCCACCGUUCACGUACGUCGGCCUGGAUGUGUUUGGUCCAUGGGAGGUCAUCAGCCGCCGGACGAGAGGUGGACAAGCAAACAGCAAAAGAGGCCCUGCUGCACAGAUUAGGUCUGACAGAGGCACUAACUUUACUGGUGCGUCAAAAGAACUGAAUCUGGAAGACGACGCAGACAUGCAACGUUACCUACAAGACCAGCAAUGCACAUGGAUUUUCAACCCCCCGCACGCCUCCCAUAUGGGAGGGGCCUGGGAGCGACUCAUCGGAGUGGCCCGUCGCAUCCUAGACUCCAUGUUCUUGCAGCAACGCUUCUCUUCAUUGACCCACGAGGUCCUCGUCACACUCAUGGCAGAGGUUUGUGCAGUCAUGAAUGCGAGACCCCUGCUGCCUGUGUCAACUGACCCCGAGAACCCCCUCAUACUCACCCCCUCCAUGCUUCUGACGCAAAAGACAGGAGCCCCAUCAUCGCCUCCACCUGACUUUGGCAAGGCAGAGAUCAUUCGUCACCAGUGGAAGCUGGUACAAUAUCUCGCAGAGACAUUUUGGCACAAAUGGCAACGUGAAUACCUGAGCACCCUGCAAAGUCGGGCCAAGUGGCAGGAAAAAAGGCCUAACUUGCAGGAAGGAGACAUCAUCUUGAUGAAAGACAAUGCAGUGCCAAGGAACCACUGGCCGAUGGCAGUGGUCAUCAAAACUUAUCCCAGCAGAGACAAUGUUGUCAGGACUGUAGAUAUCAGAGUGGUCCGCCAAGGCACUCCUAAAAUGUACAAAAGACCAGUAACUGAACUUGUCUUACUUUUCUCUCCUAAACAGGAUGUUACUUGUGUUUAAGUAAAGUGUGUGCAUCUAAAAAGUAAUAGGUGUGGUAUCCUUAAGAUACCAGGCAGGGAGUGUGUUGGUCUUAAUGACCAUUCAUUCAUUUUGUGUUUCUUGGUAAGACUUUCUUUGGCUAUUUACAGUGCGUUAACGCCAUCUAUUGGCCACUUGCAGUAACGGCAGGUUUUGGUGUAUGGUUUCUA